UUUAAUACGAGCGUAAGAUAUUUUCUUAAGGUCAGCUGACUGUCAACAGACGCCAGACGCCAAAAUUUUGCCGCGUAGCACCUUCUAUUACGUAGUUUAUAAUGGCCGGUAAGACUGUAACAACUAUCCCAGGUGGAGACAGCUUCCUGGGAGAUAAGGGCCCUACUGAAGGCUUGCUGAUUGCUGCCGUGCUGCCCUAUGUACUGAUGAUAAUUCUUUUACCCAUUGGCAGUUUCUUCUUCACCAAGUCCUUUGUAUUUCAGGAGAUAUUGGACUAUAGUGACACCACUGCCAAUGUGUAUGCUGCCAUCUCUUCUGUGAUUCUUCUGCAUGUACUGCUAGCUCUCUUCAUCAUCAAAGCCUUCAAGGAAUAUCCAGCCAAGGGUGUCAAACAAGACUAAGCUUAUAAGUUUUCCUUAGUGUCAUGUAAUAUGAGCUUCAGUGGGGUUUUACAUUUCACAACUUCAAUUAUUUGUGUAUUAAGUUUCUUGUUAUGUGUAUAUAUUGGCUAUUAGCCAUACUGAAAGGUUUGAAAUAUUGAUUUUCACUGGUAUUCAAGUAGUGCAGUGGAUGGGUGGGAUCACCCUUACUGUUUUUCUCACCUUUGUUUUGGAACCUGGUAUUACAGCAAGUUACCAAGCCUAAAUUAUGAUAUUGAUGUUUAUCUUGUAUGUAUGGUGGACCUAAGAUAACCUAACUGUACACUGGGCUGAGACAAAUUAAGCUAUUUAGCUAGAGUUAUUUGGGUGAUGGUAGAGAGUAAGCUGAGGUGUUGAACUGUUGGCUGCUUGGCAGAUCCUGUGUACUGUUCCAUAAGGAACUGGUGUGCUUCUGUAUUGGAACAUGCUGUAUUUAUGCAUAACAAGCACCGAAACAAGGAGUUUGGAUAUUAUCCAACCUCAGAUCUUUGCUUUAAUAAAAAUAUAAGUUGAAAAAGGGAAAAUAAUAUCAGAUGUAGGUAAAUUACAUUUUUUAGAGAAAGAUUUUGUAUCAUGUUUUGCUUGUAAUAUAGUAAAAAAGAAACUGAUAUUGUAUAAUUUUGAUAAUUUCUGUACAUCAGGGUUUAUGUUUUGUUUUUCUUUUCUAAGUUUAUAUAGAAAUCAGAAAGCUAGAGUAUAGAAAUUCAGAGUUUAUGAUUUUUUUGUUUAUAUAAGAGUCAGAGCUACAGUAUAGAAAUUAAGACUAUCAGUAAUCUUUGUUACACUUUCAGGUGUAAAUCGGAGUAACAUUUUCAUGAAAAUGAACAUAAUUAAAGUUACCUCUACAAUAGUCACUAAAAGCUGCAGUGCACUAUAUACCAUCAGCCUACAGCAAGAGGGAAAUUUUAAGUGUACAUUUUGAUUAGCUAACAGGUAUUUUUCCUCUCAUAAUUAUAUGUAUACCAAUGAAGCACUAUUUCCCAUAGUAACACUAGAUGAUAGCUAGAAUAACCAUCAUUUAAUGAUAUCAAGCAGACCAGAAGGAGCUGUCAAUUUGGAUUGUGCACACUGCAUUCAUUUAAAAAAGACAUUAUUUCAUGACUUUUUAUUUAGUUUGAAAAUAUCAUUCAGGACUGGGUUAAUAGAUGACCUUAGCCCAACAUUUGCUAUUGUUAUUUUGGCCACUGGUUGUGAGGCAAGUGUUUGUCAAUCCUUACAGGGCUUAGGAAUAUGCAUGAAUCUGAAAGAAACUACAAAAUAUUUAGCAAAUCUUGCAAGUCAUAGCCCUUGUAUCUCACAUGUGGCAUUACAAGGCAGUGCAAGACCUGUGAAAGUCAAACAUUGGCAGAGUCAAGGAUUGCCUCUUUGACAAACAUCUCCAUUUCAAAGCCACCAUUUGGUGUCAAGCACAGAACACGUGAUGAUGGGAGAUGCAUGACAAUGAAUCCUGCACAACUUUUUGGACAGGGUGAUUUGUAUAUUUUAUAAUAAACUUUGUGUGAAGUAA